AUGGAGCCUUCACAAGUAGCCCAUUGGUACCGAAACCAGCACGUCUUCGUCACCGGAGCCACCGGUUUCAUGGGCAAAAUCCUCGUCGAGAAGAUCCUCAGGUCCUGCCCCGAAGUCGCCGCCGUCUACAUACUCAUCCGCACCAAAAAAGGCAAAGACUCCGCCCAAAGAUUGGAAGACUUCCUAGACUGCCCCAUAUUCGAGCAACUGAAGACCACCAGCCGGGGGUCCAUCGAGAAGCUGCGCUGCGUCGAAGGGGACAUCACGCAGCCGAACUGCGGCCUGUCCGAGGUAAACCUGGCCCAGCUGGAGAAGAGGAUCACCAGCGUCUUCCACAUGGCCGCCAACGUGCGCUUCGAUCAGCCGGUGAAGAGCGCCGUGCAAUUGAACACCGGGGGCACCCUCAACGUGCUCGAAUUGGCCUGCAGGUUUCCCGAUUUGAAGGUGUUCGUGCACGUCUCGACCUCCUACUGUCAUUGCGACGUCACCGAGCUGGAGGAGAGGCUCUACAGGGCGCCCCAGGAUCCCAGGAAGAUGCUGGACUUGGUGAAAUGGAUGGACGACGAGCUGCUGGAGACUUUGACUCCGACGUUGUUGAAAAACUCGCCGAACAGUUACGCGUAUACCAAGUGCCUCACCGAGCAACUAGUUACUGAGUAUAGUAGUAAAUUAAAUAUAGCCAUAACUCGUCCUUCUAUAGUAACUUGCGUAGCCAAAGAACCUAUUCCUGGAUGGGUGGACAAUCUGAACGGACCAACGGGGAUCAUUGUAGCUGGUGGUAAAGGAAUUUUGAGGACCAUGCUGGCAGAUAUCACGCACAAAGCUGACUAUGUACCAGUCGAUAUGGCUAUAAACAGUAUUUUGACAGUGGCGUGGAAAACCGGCAGCGAGCCCAGGAAAGCCGAGCCUGAAGUCUACCACAUAACAGCCAAUAGGGAUAAUUCGAUAACUUGGGGUGAAGCUUUGGAGAUAGCGAAGAGGCACAUCUUGAAUUACCCGUACAGCGUUUGCCUGUGGUAUCCGGGGGGAAGCCCCAAAACCACUUACUUAAUGCACGUUUUAGCGGCUUUCUUCUUCCACAUCAUUCCGGCGUACGUCGUUGAUUUCCUGCUGCAAUUAACCGGAAACAAACCUUUCUUGGUGAAUCUCCAAAAGAGGCUCCAUCAUGGUCUGAAAGUCUUGCACUAUUACACGACGAGGCCGUGGUUCUUCCACAAUAAAAAAUUCUUCGAGCUCUACGCGUCUCUAACGGACAAAGACAGGGAGAUAUUUUAUUAUAAUGAGGGGCCGUUCGAUCACGAGGAGUACCUGCUCAAUUACGUGCUGGGCGCUAGGAAGUACUGCGUGAAAGAGGGCAUGGAGACGGUACCGUACGCGAGGAAAGUAAUGAGAAGGCUUUAUUACUUGGAUCUCGCGAAGAAUGUCAUCCUCUACGGAUUGAUGUUGUGGUUGUUUUAUUUGUUCGUUACCAAAUUCUUGGACGUUAUUGGAAAUCCUUUGAUAUAG